UAAAGUGAUGGCUAUCACGUUUACCAGCGCUGCCUUGAUAUUGUGUAUAUUCUAUUCGGUUACCGGCUGGGAUCUGGCACCCAUCGGGAUAACGGAGUUUUCGAUUAAACACGUUACGCUUUACAAAUCUCGUGCAUUUCUAACGAUUGAUAGUUUCAAUGUAUCACUUGUCGAGACGUCGUGGCCGGAGAACAAAGUGGGCGGAAUCCGGCCGAGAGUGCUGUCGGAUGAUUCGCAUGAAUUAGUCGACAGUUGCGAGGGUUUAAAGUACGUGAUUGGAACCGAUGUCGAUCGAGUAGCGCGUUUGUGGAUUUUAGAUCGCGGCGAUAGUUCAGCAGCCUGUAAUCCGAAAAUACUGAUCCGCAGCUUGAUCAUCACCACGACCAAGGAGAUUUCCUAUGACCUCAGGACGCCCAACCGAGAGUUCCAUUCGAUUGUCGUAGAUCCGAUCCAGGCAUCGGACGGUGACACACGGGCCUUCAUCACACUCAUUAACACCGACUACCUACUAAUGUUUUCUCUUUUCAAGCGCGAAGUUGGAAAAUUUACAUUUGAAAAAAGGGAUCUCUCUCCACUCAGUCCGAUCUCUCUGUCGGAGGUCGCUAUCAAUCAGAACCAACUGUACAUCUCGGAUGGAUUAAGUGGACGCUUGUUCUCGCUUCCGGUCAAGACCAUUCGGCAGUUUUCCUUUCCCGAAUACGGCGUGCAGAAGAUGAUCCUGAAGACGAACGUUACCUACCUCGGACGGUUACUGGGUCGAGCCAGCGGAUUGAAGCUAGACCUGAGGGAUAAUUUAUACUACAUCAUAGCACGAGAUGGUGCUAUCGUCAAGUGCAAACCGGAACAGUCUGUGAGGGCGGAGGAUCAUUUAGUGAUCCUUCAACGGGAUAUCGACGUGAGUCAAAUUAUACUCGGCACCACCGGUAAGGGGUGGGUGGUCGCUAGCCAUUGUAUCUCCAACGAAAGUAAAAGGCAUUGUUUGAGAAUAAACACGUGA